AUGUCCGCCCACGGUCGUGCCAUCAUGCAGAACGUCCCGCAGAACAAUCCGACUUUCACCAACACGGACGGCCGCACAUCACCAGACCUUGCACCUCGCACCGGCCCCGACGCCAUCAGCCCCCAGGAAGCCGCCUUCGACGACGCCUUCCGCGCAGUGGUCGACAUCGCGCUUGCGAAAGGCUUGCCCAACGAGCUCGCUCUGUGCGAGACUGCCGCCAAGAUCAAACAAAACCUGACCACAGCCCUGGCCCAGGUUGACCCGGACCAGGCCAACCGGGCCGAGACUGCCAUUCGGGCCAUCGUCACGUCCUGGGUGGCCUUGGACAAUCCGCCCUCGAAUGGCAAGUGGAAGUUCAGGAUGACGAAGGAGAAACAGAGUCGCCAGAAGCAGAGUCGCCAGAAAUGGGCGGCGGACGCGAUUUUCGAGUGCAGUUUCAUGAAGAGUUGCGUGAAGGAAGUGCUGCCCUAG